AUGACUCCCAAGCCCAACCCCGCUCGCCCGGACACGGACCCGGUCCAGGGCCAGACGACCACUGACCCGGCUCCCUCGGCUUCGUCGUCGUCAUCGUCGUCGUCGGCGCCCACGGCCCGCGAGCGUCUUGCGUCGCUCGCCUCGCACCUGCUUCCUUCGGGCAACACCGAGUUUGACUAUGUCAUCGUGGGCGGCGGCACGGCCGGCGCCGUGCUCGCCAACCGCCUCACCGAGGACCGCGACGUGAGCGUGGCCGUCAUCGAGGGCGGCCCGUCGGACGUGGGGCGCGACGUCGUCCUCGACCUCAAGCGCUGGCUCGAGAUGCUCGGCUCGGAGCUCGACUACGACUACCCCACCGUCGAGCAGCCGCGCGGCAACUCGCACAUCCGCCACUCGCGCGCAAAGGUCCUCGGCGGCUGCUCGUCGCACAACACCCUCAUCUCGUUCCGCCCCUUUAACGCCGACCUCGACGACUGGGCCGACAACUACGGCUGCCCGGACUGGAAGGCCGCCACGGUCCAGCCCUACGGCGACCGCCUCAAGAUGAACAUUGUCCCCGUCGCGCCCCAGAACCGCAACCAGGUGGCGCGCGACUGGGUCGACGCCUGCUCGGCCGCCACGGGCGCCCCCGUCAUCGAGGACCUCAACGCCCAGAUUGUGCACCGCGGCGGCUUCCAGAAGGCCGUCGGCUUCUUUGACAUCGCCUACGACCCCUACGACGGCAAGCGCUCCAGCGCCUCGGUCGCCUACCUCCACCCCAUCAUGCCCCACGGCCCCAACCGCCGCCACAACCUGCACCUCUUCCUCGAGACGUGGGCCACGGGCCUCGACUUUGACAAGGCCGACGCCAGCCGCAUCCGCGGCGUCGACGUUGUCACCAAGCACGGCCUCAAGCGCACGCUGACGGCGCGCCGCGAAGUCAUCCUGUGCGCCGGCGCCAUCGACACGCCGCGCCUGCUGCUCCACUCGGGCAUCGGCCCGCGCGGCGACCUGGAGCGGCUCGGGCUGCCGUGCAAGCUCGACGUGCCCGGCGUGGGCCUCAACCUGACCGACCACCCGGAGAGCAUCAUCAUGUGGGAGACGCGCGACACGCCCCCGGAGACGGUCAUGUCGUCGGACGCGGGCCUCUUCCUGCGCGUGCUGCCGCCCAACGCCGAGCCGUUCCCGCACCCGGGCCCGGACCUCAUGUUCCACAUCUACCAGGUGCCCUUUGCCGACAACACGGAGCGCGAGGGCUACCGCCGCCCGCCGCACGCCAUCUGCAUGACGCCCAACAUCUGCCGCUCCCAGGCGCGCGGCAAGGUGUCGCUGGCCUCGGCCGACCCGCGCGACAAGCCGCUGCUCGACUUCAAGUACUUUGAGGACGCCAACAACUACGACGAGCGCAUCCUCAUCGAGGGCAUCAAGUGGGCCCGCAGGAUCGCACAGCAGGCGCCCUUUAAGCAGCACCUCGUCGAGGAAGUCGCCCCCGGACCAAAGGUGCAGACCGACGAGGAAAUCGGAGAGUACGCCCGCAAGGUCGCACACACCGUCUACCACCCGGCCGGAACGUGCCGCAUGGGCACCCCCUCGCCCCGCUUUGGCGGCAGCGGCUCCGACGACAGCGUCGUCGUCGACCAGCGCGACCUGUCCGUCGUCGGCCUCAAGGGCCUCCGCGUCUGCGACGCCAGCGUCCUCCCCACGCUGCCCACCAUCAACCCCAUGCUCACCAUCCUCAUGGUCGCCGAGCGCGCCGCCGAACUCAUCCGCAACGACGCAUGGGUCAAGGGCCUCCGCAAGCAGCAGUGGGCCUAG